UCUGAGAGAGUGGAGAGACUUAGGCUGGGAGGCGGGAUUGGGGUCCCCAGCGGAGGAAAGGAGGCCAUGCGCGGGCCUAGCAGCAGCCAGGCGAGCAGUCCCAGGACAGAUGGACUCCACAGUGCUUGGCUGCCCCUUGCUGUUCCCCCUGAAAAACCUUUGCAGGGGAUCCAGGAAUUGGGUAAUAGGGCCUUGGCCUCAGUGUAAGACAUGCAUUCUCAGGUCAAAGAGCCGAGGAGGACCGGGCAAUGCCAGGAGUCAAGGCACUACAAAGAUUUCUGCUGCUUCUGGAUCACCAGGUCUUCUCCAGAGUCCUCAGAGAGCCUGCUCCUCCCCCACUGCCAUGGAAGUCACUCCAUCAAUCAGAUCAGAUCAGGGUUCCAGAAGCCAAGAAGAGGAGGAGCCAAACACUUUGCAGGCCCUGCCAGAAACUGUGCUCUUACUUGAAGAUGCCAUAGAUGAUAAGGUAGCUGACCUGGUGGCAUUCCUGCUUCUCAAGUAUAGAACAAAGGAGCUGACCACACAGGCAGAAAUGCUGAAAACUGUCAGCCAAGAUUACCAGGAGCUCUUCCCUGUGAUCUUCAGCCAAGCCUUUGAGUGCAUGCAAUUGGUCUUUGGUGUUGAUGUGAGGGAAGUGGAUUCCAGUGAUCAUGCCUAUGUCUUAGUUACUGCCCUGGGCCUCACCUGCAAUGAGAUGCCAAGCAGUGAGCAGAGUGUGCCCAAGACUGGCCUCUUGAUAAAUAUCCUUGGUGUGAUCUUUAUGGAUGGCAACUGUGCCCCUGAGGAGGAUGUCUGGGAAGUGCUGGGAGUCAUGGGGGUGUACGAUAGUCAGGAGCACUUCAUCUAUGGGGAGCCCAGGGAGCUCCUCACCAAAAUCUGGGUGCAGGAAGGCUACCUGGAGUACUGGCAGGUGGCGGGCAGCGACCCUGCCUGCUACGAGUUCCUGUGGGGUUCCAGGGCCCAUGCUGAAACCAGCAAGAUGAAAAUCUUAGAGUUUUUGGCCAAGGUCAAUGAUACCAUCCCUAGUGCCUUUCCUGUCUGGUAUGAGGAAGCCUUGAGAGAUGAGGAAGUGCGAUCCCAAGCCAGGGUUGCAGCCAGGGAUGUAGUGGGAGGGCCAGGACCAGGGUCCGUUUUAGGGCCAUAUCCAGCAGCUUCUCUUGCUCCAAGGGAAGUCUGAGGCAGUUAUUUCAUUUUGUGUUUGAAGAAAGCAGUCACUGGUAUAAGUGGUAAAGAGGCAGAAUUGGGUUUGGUGGUGGUGGUGGGGUUGGGUGUAUAACAUCUUUGUGUGCUUGUUCCAUAAGAAUGAUUUGGAAUUUCCUCCUUUUGGCAUUUUUCAAAUGUUGCUCCUAUUAAUGGAAGAUUUAAUUAACAUCAAGUACUAAGUUUAUAAAUGACAUUAGUCACAAAUAUAUUGUUACUCCAUUUAA